GUCCGUUUGAAUGUUUGCUUGUGUUUUGAAUCAGACCAUCUGUUUGAACGUUUUGGGCGAUUCAGAUUGAACAAGACAGAGCUUUUUAACGACAGACUAGCGCGAAAAUGACUUGCCACCAGAAGAAUGUGUUGAAGUUAAUCCAAUACUUCAGGCAGCAUUGUUCCCGCGUGACAGACUGUGAGAGGACAACAGUAUGCAGCGCGGAUAAUAUGCUUAUGAUACUGCAGUUGGCUAUGGCAGAGGUUAAUAAACAGAAUGGCCAUGAGUUUUCAGCCCCUCUUAGCAAUGUGUUGUUGGCCUGGAAACACCUACUUAAAGAUAAGCUUGGACUAGUUUGUGAAGGAGCACAUGUUCCAGAGAACUAUGCUGAUGUUAGAAAAACAUAUGACGACUUCCUUAAAAGCAGCAAUACAUUGGACUUAAUUGAUCUGCAUCUGAUGUGCAACGCGCUUGAAGAUUACAGAGAUUCGCACAGCCUAUCGUCUGGCCAGUUACUGGAAUUUAUUGAAGGGAGACAAUCCGAGGAAGAAACAGAGUUCACUAUGGCACCGGUGUCAACCCCCAGUAGGAAUAAUCUGGAUAUUAUCAAGGUCAGAGAACUCCUAAAGAGAAUCUUUUGUGGAUAUUUAAAUCUGUUAGUAAAUUCAAAGAAUGAUUUUGCCUUGGCCCAAGUACUUAAUUGUCCUGAUAGAGGGUUAGGCAGAGAAGCCUUCACAGACCUCAAGCACAGGUCAAGACAGAAGCGGAUGUCUCUAUUCUUGGUGGCAACAUCAUUCAUCAGAGCAGUAGAACUUGGAGGGAAGGGCUAUGCGCCACCUGAAUCUGAUCCAUUAAGGAAACACAUGAAGGGUCUUUCACAUUUUGUCAACUUCAUUGACCGACUUAAUGAAGUUUUGGGAGAAACGAAUGAUACAAGAACUGCUGGAGAGCGGAUACUAUCAACUAUAAAGAUGCAUUUGAUAAAAGGGAGAGGCAGCGGGGAUCCACUUAGUGAAGCAGCAACUGAUGUUGCACAAGAUUUGGAUCUAAGGAUUAAAAACCUUAUUAAUCUUUCUAUUGAGAAUAGUAAUGGAACCACCACAGGCAUCAGUCCAGCACGGCCCAAAAUCCGCGCCAUAAAUCGGGGGACUGCUUUAUCUGGUAGAGAAACCAUGAAAACUCUUUUAAUUCUUUUGGACGAGGAAGCUGCUAACCCUCCCAACAAGAACAAGGCUGGACUUUUAUGCACUGAUGAAGAUAAUACAACUCUCUUUGGAGCACUUUCUUUAGUAACACUCUUUCGGUCUCCAGAGCAGUGCAGUGGGUUAUCUCCAAAACCACUCAGUAAACGUAUACAAAGUUGCACGAACAUGGAAAAGCAAAAGCUUAAACAGAACCUUAUCAGAUCACAGUUUGCCUGUACCUAUAAGGAUGGGAACAUGACCCAAAUAAAGCAAUAUGAUUUUCCCAGUAUGAGCCAAGUUCCUACAUGUGUUCACCCAGCGCCAAAGAUUAUUCCAGUGCUCUGCUUUGAUGAAGAUCCAACUGAUGUGUGUGUAAAGAAACAAGCACUUAAUUCCACUUCUGGGAAUUUUGAGCUCAAAGACACAGGCGCAAAAAGAAAGGACAAAUCAACCAAGAGCACAAAGCGGAAGGAAAUGGAUACAAAUCCUGAAAAUAUCUGUGAUCAAGGCAGUGAACCACCUCAAAAGAAAGCAGUUUCUGGACCAAAGGCAACCAAAACAAGGGAAGCCUCUAAGUCGACAUCAAGAAAUGGCAGUAAAACUGCAUCUAAAAACAGACUUAUUGCUGGACAAGCCAAGUUAACAACCUUUUUCCGGCUUUAAUGUUUUCUGUUUAUAAUGGUAUAUGUAUAUACUUAAAGUGUCUAUCUUUUAGGGGCCAAUAGUUUUACAGUGACAAGCUCAUUUUAUUUAUUUUAUUUAUUUUUUCCAUUAUGAUUCCAUUUCAAGUUAUUGUCAAUGACCUCAAUACAAGUUCGUCUUGCACAGAUGUUUUUAUUUACAUUAAUAAAAUUACAAAGUGAA